GGGAGAGGCAAGACCUUCUCACAAACACGACAACACGACUUCUCAAUAACCAACUGUCUUCCAAGACGCUCUCAGGAGCAUGUUUUCCCAGCGUUACUACCGCUUCUUGCUCUCAACGGCGGCCGCUCUCAAGUGCGUUGCUCGUCAACAGGUCCGAGGGAAGAGUGGCGGAUGUUCCUCUUGCAGCGUCCAGCGAGGGUUGAGCCUCGCUGCCGACGCCCGCCAGCAAUUGGCACUCAAGUGCCAAACACACUCACGGAGCAGUGUGGUGUCGUGGGUCCUGGAGAGGGAGUGUCUGAAGGUGAGGUUCGGCGACGGGAGCGCCAGCCAGAUGCCCUACGUGUGGCUGAGGGACAACUGCCAGUGUCCCGAGUGCUACAACGCCGUCGCCCUCGGCAGGAACUUCCUUCUGGACGACCUCGACAUCGAAGUCCAUCCCAUCGAAGUUCAGGAUAGUGAUGGAGGAGUGAAGAUCAACUGGAGCGAUGGUCACAGGAGUGAGUACACAGGAGAGUGGCUACAGGACCGAGCCUUCACCCCCGCCGCCAGGGCCCGGCAGCGCACCAGAUAUGCCUUUAAGAGGGAGCCGUGGGGCGCCGACCACCAGCUGGUGGAGUUCGACUACCACACUCUGCUGCGGGACGACCAGACGCUGCUGGCCUGGCUGCUGACGAUGGAGCAGAAGGGAUCAGCCAUGGUCAGGAACACCCCAGACAGCGACGUGGCUGGUCCUCGACUCAUCGAGCACAUCGCCUUCGUGAAGCAGUCUCACUACGGGCCACACUCGCCAGUGAUCAAUCGGGCCAACAGCAACAACGUGGCUUUCACCAACAGCAAGCUGGGCCUGCACAACGACCUCGCCCAGUACGAGCACAUGCCCGGGAUUAUCUUCAUCCAGUGCGUGAAGCAGGAGCCGGGGGCAGGAGGGGCGAGUGUCGUCAGUGACGGACUCUUCGCUGCCGAGUGCUUGAGGCGGAGGCAUCCCGAGGCCUUCCAGGUCCUGGCCACCACCGACGCCUACUUCUGGGACAAGGGCCACGCCAACUUCUCUUGGGAGAUGGACCGCUUCUUCAAGAUCUCCAAGAGGCCAAUAAUCACCGUGAACAACGACCAGGAGGUCGUCUGCGUCGCCAUGAACAACGGCGUCCGGGCCUCCCACCUCGACCUCUCCGCUCACCUCGUCAAGAAGUUCUACGCCGCCAUGAAGCUCUUCAACGACAUCCUGUACGACAAUGCCAUCACCUUUAAGAUGGAGGAAGGAGAGAUGAUGACGCUGGAUAACGUGCGGUGUGUCCACGGGCGGGAGGCCUACGACGCCCAAAGCGAGCGCCACAUUGAGUCCUCUUACCUGGACUGGGACGAGGCUCGCUGCCGCCGGCGCCGCCUUCAGGAGGACUUGGGAGUCUUCCUGUAAAACAGCCACUUUAGUUUCCAGUCGACUUGAAUGCAUUACUUAUGAUACAAUGUGAAUACAGUGUGUAUGAUGCAGUGUCAAUACAGUGUGUGUGAUACAAUAUCAAUACAGUGUGCAUGGUACAAUAUCAAUGCAGUGUGUGUGAUACAAUGUCAAUACACUGUGUUUGAUGCACUGUCAAUACAGUAUGUAUGAUGCAGUGUCAAUACAGUGUGUAUGAUGCAGUGUCAAUACCGUGUGUAUGGUACAAUGUUAUUACAGUGUGUAUGGUACAAUGUCAAUACAGUGCAUAAUGAACUGGAACAAUAAUUUUGCGACCAUACUAGAUUGAGUAAAUAAAGUCUUCAGCUUGUCCUAACAGGCUUUCACUACUCGUCAACUUUGGUCAUUAUGGACAAAUUUGUAGUUCAGUGGAAAAAUGUGCAAAAGAAUUUGUUACUUUAAAUUUAUACGUUAAUUAUCAUAUUUAAAUAUUUUACAUGUGAUGAUAAUUUUAUGAUAAAAUAAUAUAUAAUAUAAUCUUAAUAAUAUAAAGAUAACGUAUAUUUUUAAAUAUGUUUACAAUUUGUUAUAUGUAAGGUUCCGAAACUUAACAAUUGCAAUUUGUUGCGUAUAAUAAUUUUUUUUAUAAAAUAUGAUUUUUUUAAUAAUUAUAUAUUUUAAGGACGCAAUGGCAUUAAUAAACUAUUCAAGAAGUAACACAAUAAUAUAUAUGAUGGAAAGUUGAAUGAUCUGGAUUAUGGCAGACCUGUAAUAUUUUAGCUGGGCUCUUGUGCUAUCCCGACUCCCACGCUCGUCACUGGGGAUAUCCCAGUAUCCCAGUCCCACACGCUAAUCCCUGGGGUGUUGUCACUCUAGUGUAGUCCAUACCUGACUCCUUCCAGUCCACACCUGGCUACUUCUAGCACUGUGGUACUGUGACAUAGUCACACCUGGCACCUUCCAGCACUGCAGUACUGUGACAAAGUACACACCUGGCUCCUUCCAGCACUGUUGUACUGUGACAUAGUCCACACCUGGCUCUUUCCAGUACUGUGACAUAGUACACACCUGGCUCCUUCCAGCACUGCAGUACUGUGACAUAGUUCACACCUGGCACCUUCCUGCACUGUAGUACUGCGACAUAGUCCACACCUGGCACCUUCCUGCACUGUAGUACUGUGACAUAGUCCACACCUGGCACCUUCCUGCACUGUAGUACUGUGACAUAGUCCACACCUGGCACCUUCCAGUACUGUGACAUAGUCCACACCUGGCACCUUCCAGUACUGUGACAUAGUCCACACCUGGCACCUUCCAGUACUGUGACAUAGUCCACACCUGGCACCUUCCAGUACUGUGACAUAGUCCACACCUGGCACCUUCCAGCACUGUUGUACUGUGACAUAGUCCAUACCUGGCUCCUUCCAGCACUGUAGUACUGUGACAUAGUCCACACCUGGCACCUUCCAGCACUGUAGUACUUUUACCAAUAAACUUACUGUUGGAAACGA